GUCAUCGUUAAUAGCUUAAAGUCUGAGAAUGGAAAAAAUUAAAGCUUUAUUAAUUUUUGCAUUCUUAAUUAACUCAUCCCUUCAAAAUCCAUUACAGUCAGAUGACAUCUUAGCAGAAAACAAAUCACGUGCAGAAGUAAAGAAUUGGAAGAUCAAUUCGGGUUAUUACGAUGAAAAGAGCAUUAAGAAUGGAUUAAAUGAUGAUUCGACAACAUACCGUCUGCCAAAUGACACAUUGCCAAUAAGAUACGAUAUUUAUUUGAAGACAGAUGUUGAUAAAUCCAAUUUUGAGUUCGAUGGACGUGUGAGAAUAGAUGUUCGUGCUGUUGAGCAGACAAAUACAAUAACUUUACAGUAUAGAGACAUAACUAUAUCAAAAGUUUCACUAAUGAAUAUUUCGACAGAAGAAGUUCUUGCUGAUGAACUUAAUUUUGAUUAUGUAUUGGUCUAUGAGUUUUUAAAAAUUGAACUGCCAAGUACAUUGCAAGUCGACGAUGAAGUUCGACUAGAAAUUACGUACAAUGGAACAUUAAAAACUAACAAUGCGGGAUUUUAUCGCGCAUACUAUACAGAUGUAAAUGAAACAACUGUUUACUAUGCUGUAACACAAUUUGAAUCGACGGAUGCACGACAUGCAUUUCCAUGCUAUGAUGAGCCCGCUAUCCGAGCACCAAUAGCUUUACAAAUUCAGCAUGAUAAAACUUAUAGUGCAUACUCAAACAUGCCACUUUUCGAAACAAUUCCAGUUAAUGGAACUGAAUAUGUGAUAUCAAAGUUCGACGAAACACCUCCGGUUCAGACAUACUUACUUGCAUUUCUCAUCUCACCAUUUGAAUUUGUCGCCAACAAUGAUUCGGAAAUUCCACAGAGAAUUUUAGCCAAGCCAACAUCAAUUGAUAAUGGUGAUGCAGAUUUUGCCUUGAGCAUUGCAGACCCAAUCAUAAAGACACUCGUAAAUCAUUUUGGUGUUAAUUACACAUUACCAAAACUCGAUCAUGCUGCUAUAACACAAUUUGCAGCGGGUGCUAUGGAGAAUUGGGGCUUCGUAACGUACGCAGAGAGAUAUUUGCUGGCCACAUCAACAUCAAGCGCAACGGCAAGAAAAAAUAUUAUAGCUACAAUGGCACAUGAAGAUGCACACAUGUUCUUCGGAAAUCUUGUAGCACCGCAUUGGUGGUCAGACUUAUGGCUAAACGAAGGAUUCGCCACACUUUACGAAUACUAUAUUCCCCACCUUCUUUAUCCCAAUGAUGGAUGGAUGGAAAGUUUUCGAACUGGUGAAAUCAACUACUCUUUUGGUUAUGAUGUGUUAUCCCGAGCAGCAGCAGUUCCAAUGCACAACUAUGUAGAAACUCCAUCAGCUAUCGAUGCUAGAUUUAAUUCCAUUUCCUAUACAAAAUCUGGAGUAGUCUUGAACAUGUUCAGAGAAGCACUUUCAGAUUCUACAUUCACAAAAGGAUUGACAAAAUAUUUAAAUAAAAUGUCAUUUAAAGCAGCAACUCCACAAGAUUUAUUUGCCUCAAUUCAAGAUGUUUUGAAUGAAGAACUUCCUGAAAAUAAUGUAAAUUUUGAUAGUAUUAUGUCGAGUUGGGUCUACCAAGCUGGCUAUCCACUUGUAAGUAUUUCAAGAACUCAAGAUGGAGUUUUGGUUCUCACACAAAGAAGAUAUCCAGAAGGAAGUAAUGAAGUUUAUUCAAUUCCACUAUCAUUUGCAACUAAAGCACAACCAAAUUUCGAUAAGAAAACAGUCAGUGCUUGGAUGUUAGAUCAAAAAGUUGAAGUUCCACAGGAAUCAUAUGGAAUGAGUGGUGAUGACUGGAUUGUACUUAAUGUUCAGCAAACUGGAUAUUAUAGAGUCACAUACAGCUCAGAUUUAUGGAAAUCCUUAGCCAAAGGACUUUUAGAAAAUCACAAUCAAUUCCAUUUGGUUAAUCGACGAGUCUUGUUGUCUGAAUUGAUGCUUGGAUAUUCAACCUUGAAAGAACUAAUGGCUACAGAUGUCCUUGAAGUUUUAAGCUAUUUGGUGAAUGAAAAUGAAUAUCUUUUGUGGACAGAUGCAAGAUCAGCUUUAAGUUCAUUAAAUGCAACUCUUUUCGGAACUGAACUCUAUCCCGAAUAUCUCGAUUUUGUUAAAUCUAUCACAAAGAAGCAACUGGAGCUAAUUGGAUUAGAAGCAAUUCAAGAUGAAUCAGCAAGCAUUACAAACCUGAGAAAUCAAAUUAAGACUUUGAAUUGUUAUGCACUUGAUGAAGAAUGCUUAGACCAUGAAUUGCAAAAAUUAACUGCAUACAAAGAAGAUACACAGGAAAACCCAGUUCCUGAUUUCUGUUCUGGAUUUAGAAAUGUAAAUCCGACAAUUUAUGUAUACUAUUUAAAUGAGAUCGCAGGAAACCUUCAACUUCCUCUCCGCAGUAGAAUUGUAAGCAGCAUAGGAUGUUCUUUAGAUGAAAAUUUAUUGCGUCUUACUGCUUUAAUUGUAGAAGACAGUAAAAAUGUUAUCACAGACACUGAGCGUACAACAAUAAUAAAUAACAUGCUGAUUAGUUCCACAGUUGGAUUUAAAGUUGCAUUUGAAUAUCUGGAAAGAAAUGUCGAUCAAAUUUCAACAUUCCGCACAAAUCUUGGAAGUUAUAUCAAUACAGAUGACUAUUCAGAAAAACUUGAUGCUAUGGUUGUGGAAGCACUUGCUGAAAGUUACAUUACAGAAAUAAAUGCGGAAGCAUUGAGAAAUUCCAUCAUGUUGAAUUUAGAAUGGCAAGAUAAGCAAUUUAAUGAGAUUAAUGAAUGGUUCGGUAAUCCUGCUAUCACUACUACAUCUGAAUCAUCCCCACCAACUACAACAUCUGAAUCAUCCUCACCAACUACAACAGAGCCUUCAAUCACAACAACACCAGGUAGUGCAAAUGGGAUUGUUUUGUCAUCACUUGUAAUUGUUGUAUGCACUUUAGUGAAGCUUUUUAAUUAAGAAAGUGAUUCUUAUUUUGCUGUGAACAACUUUUUAAUUAACCUAAUAAAGUUCUGCUGGAUAUUCAAGUUCUAUAGGUUCUUUUUUGCUUAAGAAUUAA